GUAAUAAAGUCUGCCAUUCCAAAACGUCCCGACGGGCAACAAACCAAAAACAGAAACGACGCACCGGUUACAAACACAAUACUGAACAAAAUGGAGUAAAAAAAAUAAAAAAAUUAGAUAUAAUCAAAAUCUUCACUUAUAUCAACCAAAAAAAAUCUUCACUUUAUUCAAAUCCCAUUUUUUUUUUUUUCAGAAAAGAAAAAAAAAGUUCUUCUCAUUUAAACACCCUCUGGAAAAUUCCAGACAAAGGACAAUUAGGAUUAUUUCAGUUUUCAGACAUUCUUUGAUCUGAUGAUCUGAUGGGCAUUGUAACGUAAGGAACAAAUAAAAUAACGUAAAGGGUGUUUGGGGAACCAAUAAUCUUGAAAUAAUUCGACCAAUGUCUUGGGGAUUGGGUUGGAAGCGCUCAUCAGAUGUAUUUCACCUUACAUUAAGCUAUGGUGAAGACGAGGCAUUAGAUGAGGCUACACCCACCUCAUCAAGAUCGUCAUCUGCCACGUCGGUUCAUACUUCACCAUUCUCGCCGGUAUCUCCGUCGGUGACGGCGGAGGAGGGGGGUCAUGGUCAGGGUCAAGGUCAAGAAGAGCAUAAUCAAGAAGAGUUGUUAGGGUUCAGGGUGGAACUAGAUUGGAAUGUGGGUGAUGAUGAGGAUCAAGUGGCUUUAAAGUUGCAGUCACAGGUUAUGGUGGCAUUGCCUUCACCACAAGAUACUGUGGAAAUUGAAUUUAAGGAGAAGAAAGAGGAGGGGAAUGAAGUGGAGGAGGUAGCUGUGGAAAUGAGAGUGGUGAAAAGGAGAGAGCCAUUGAAAGGUGUGAUGAUGUGGCGGGUUGGUAGUUCAAGUCAGCAGAGUGAUGGAAUGGGGGUAUUGUCAAAGUUGAUGAGGUCGAAUUUCGCCAAUGGCGUUGGGUUAGGAAGUAGUGGGGAAGGUGUACCAGCGGGGUGUGCUGAUCACUGGAAGAGUGUUACUGUUGUUAGUCUAUGUGGUGUUGGACUAAUGGUGCUGCCAGUAGAGAUAACCCAGCUGCCUCUUCUUGAAAGACUAUAUCUUGAUAACAAUAAGCUAUCAAAUUUGCCACCUGAGCUUGGUGAACUAAAAUGCUUGAAAGUUCUUGCCGUGGACUACAACAUGUUAGUCUCUGUCCCUGUUGAACUAAGAGAGUGUAUUGGGCUAGUCGAAUUAUCGCUGGAACACAACAAGCUGGUGCGACCUCUUCUUGAUUUCAGGGCAAUGACAAAGUUACGUGUUCUGAGGCUUUUUGGUAAUCCCCUAGAAUUUCUUCCUGAUAUUUUGCCACUCCAGAAGCUUCGCCAUUUAUCUCUUGCAAACAUAAGGAUUGUGGCAGACGAUCAGUUGAGAACAGUGAAUGUGCAGAUAGAGAUGGAGAAUAGUUCUUACUUUAUUGCGUCUCGGCAUAAACUGAGUGCCUUCUUCUCUCUUAUAUUCCGUUUCUCUUCUUGUCACCAUCCCCUGCUAGCUUCUGCCCUGGCAAAGAUAAUGCAAGAUGAGGGGAAUCGUGUUGUUGUUGGGAAAGAUGAGAAUGCUGUGAGGCAACUCAUAAGUAUGAUCAGUAGUGACAAUCAGCAUGUGGUAGAACAAGCUUGCUCCGCUCUUUCUUCUCUUGCCACAGAUGUGUCUGUGGCAAUGCAGUUAAUGAAAUCAGAUAUUAUGCAACCCAUAGAAAGAGUACUAAAAUCUGCUGGUCCAGAGGAAGUCAUAUCUGUGUUGCAAGUUUUGGGAAAUUUGGCAUUUGCAUCAGAUAUUGUAUCUCAGAAGCUGUUGACAAAGGAUGUAUUGAGAUCAUUGAAACUUUUGUGUGCUCACAGAAAUCCAGAGGUGCAAAGACUAGCUUUAUUUGCAGUUGGUAAUUUAGCGUUCUGCUUGGAAAAUCGUCGUAAUUUAGUUACUUCAGAAAGUUUACGGGAAUUGCUACUGCGGUUGACAGUUGCAUCAGAGCCACAAGUCAGUAAGGCUGCAGCUCGUGCUUUGGCAAUACUAGGGGAGAAUGAGGUUCUACGGCGUGCUGUAAGAGGGAGACAGGUCCCAAAGCAAGGACUGCGCAUACUUGCAAUGGAUGGUGGUGGCAUGAAAGGUCUGGCAACCGUGAGAAUCCUUAAGGAGAUUGAGAAAGGUACUGGGAAGCAGAUACACGAACUUUUUGACCUCAUUUGUGGCACUUCAACUGGUGGUAUGCUUGCUGUUGCUAUGGGGAUCAAACUGAUGUCCUUGGAAAAAUGUGAAGAAAUAUAUAAAAAACUUGGCAAACUUGUUUUUGCGGAACCUGUUCCCAAGGACAAUGAAGCAGCAACAUGGAGAGAAAAGUUGGAUCAACUCUACAAGAGCUCGUCUCAGAGUUUCAGGGUUGUUGUACAUGGAUCUAAACACAGUGCAGAUCAGUUUGAGAGAUUGUUAAAGGAGAUGUGUGCUGACGAGGAUGGGGAUCUUCUGAUAGAAUCAGCAGUUAAAAGGAUUCCUAAAGUUUUUGUGGUUUCAACUCUGGUCAGUGCGACACCAGCUCAACCCUUUAUUUUCCGCAACUAUCAGUACCCUCCUGGGACACCCGAGAUUUCCCAUGCGGUUACUGAGAAUUUAACUACUGCUGGCCAAGGUGCAGUAAGUGAUCCAGCUCAAGUUGUACAUAAGAGAAAUGCUUUCAUGGGGAGCUGUAAGCAUCGGAUAUGGCAAGCCAUAAGAGCAUCGUCUGCUGCGCCUUAUUAUCUUGAUGAUUACUCUGAUGAUGUAUACCGCUGGCAAGAUGGUGCUAUUGUUGCCAACAAUCCUACCAUUUUUGGCAUACGAGAAGCACAACUAUUAUGGCCAGACGCAAGGAUUGACUGCCUGGUCUCAAUUGGUUGUGGUUCUGUUCCCAUGAAGGUCCGGAAAGGUGGAUGGCGUUACCUUGAUACUGGCCAAGUGUUGAUAGAGAGUGCAUGCUCAACUGACCGGGUGGAGGAAGCUUUAAGUACAUUGCUUCCACUGCUUCCUGAUGUGCACUAUUUUCGCUUUAAUCCAGUUGAUGAACGAUGUGGUAUGGAGCUAGAUGAGACGGACCCUGCUGUCUGGUUAAAGUUAGAGGCUGCCACAGAUGAUUACAUUCAGAACACCUCUGCUGCUUUCAAGAAUAUUUGUGAAAGAUUAUUGGAGAGGCAACACGAUGAGAAAUUUUCUGAUAAUUUCAAGUCCCAUCAGUUUCUCAAAGCAAAGAAUUCUAAAGCUGAUGAGAGCAGCCCUUCUUUAGGUUGGAGGCGGAACGUGCUUCUUGUCGAGGCCCCAAAUAGUGCAGAUGCUGGAAGAGUCUUUCACCAUGCUCGCUCACUUGAGUCAUUUUGUGCGCAUAACGGAAUAAAGCUCAGUCUCUUUAAUGGCAUAUCAAGCACUCAGAAAGCAAAUCCAGGAUCAACUUUUCCCACACCGUUUGCUUCUCCAUUAUUCACUGGGAGCUUCCCUUCAAGCCCUCUCCUAUACAGUCCUGAUAUUGGGGCUCAUAGGGUUGGUAGAAUUGAUUUAGUUCCACCACUAAGCUUGGAUGGAUUACAAUCCGCGAAAACAACCGUCACACCGCCCGAGUCACCUCGAAAGCGUCGACAGCUUUCAUUGCCUGUGCAAUCUUUGUAUGAGAAGCUAAAGAAUUCACCUCAGGUUGGAGUUGUGCACUUGGCUUUGCAAAAUGAUGCAUCUGGUUCUGUACUGAGUUGGCAGAAUGAUGUAUUUGUGGUGGCUGAACCUGGAGAACUAGCAGAUAAGUUUCUGCAGGGUGUCAAAUUCAGCUUGCUGUCUAUGAUGCGAGGCCGCCGGAGAAGCUAUGCAUCAGUCAUCACUGACAUCUCAACGGUUGCUGAUCUUGUUAGGUGUAGGCCAUGCUUCCAAAUUGGGGGUGUAGUCCACCGUUAUAUUGGUCGUCAGACGCAGGUCAUGGAAGAUGACCAAGAAAUUGGUGCCUAUAUGUUUCGCAGGACCGUUCCUUCGAUGCAUUUAACUUCAGAAGAUAUUCGGUGGAUGGUUGGAGCAUGGAGGGAGAGAAUCAUAAUCUUCACUGGUUUCUAUGGCCCUACCCAACCUAUAAUCAAGGCUUUUCUAGAUUCAGGAGCUAAAGCUGUCAUAUGUCCUUCCACUGAGCCUGAUGAAGUGCAGUUGUCUACAUUUCAUGGGUCAGGUGAUUUUAAUUCUUUUGAUAAUGGGAAGUUUGAAAUUGGCGAAGAAGAAGCAGAGGAUGACGAUACUGAACCUUCUAGUCCAGCAAGUGAUUGGGAAGAUAGUGAACCAGAGAAAAAUGAAGGAAACUCUCGGUUCUUUUGGGAUGAUGAUGAAGGGGAGUUGUCCCAAUUCAUAUGUCAAUUCUAUGAGUCUCUUUUUCAGGGUGGUUCAAGAAUAGAUGCUGCAUUGCAACAUGCUCGUGCCUCACACCGUAGCCUAAGAUAUUCAUGCCAUCUUCCCAGCAUACCAUAGUUCAUCUGUUGUCUCUGGCCGUGAAUAUCUCCAAGGGAGGGAGGCACGAGUUGGUUAGCUUUUGCUGACUGCAUGUUGCUUGAUCAAGGCAGUUUGCAUGGUCUCCUCAUUAUUCCAUACUUUGUAAAGAAGAACUAUACUUGUACAAGAAAAGGAACAGGAGUGCAGAAACAAGCGUGGCGAGAGAAAAAGACGGUAGAAAUGAGUAAUAAUUCAAAGAAGCUAGAGAAACAACCAAUUUUGAGGCUCCGAAGUCAUUUUUUGUGUUCUCAUUCAUUGAUGGAUGUUCAUUUUUCCUUUAGGGCCCAGUUUUGCAGAAUUUUCCUUACAAAUUAAUUUUAGAUUUUAGAAAGGUUUUGAGUCUCAAUAAGUAACUUGUAAAGUGAAAUUAAUUUUGUGGAUAAAGCAGGGACAAUUUUCUAAACCACCCUUUCUCCCACAAUGAGGGUUUGUCUCUGUCUUUUUCUUGUAAAAAGCAGAUAUAUAUCCUUGUUCUUCUUGGACAGUGCUGGAUGUGACACAAUUUGAAGCUGACAUGGCUAUUAGGAUCUGGUGUUCUCAUUGCUCUCUGCAAUUUGUUAAGGAGAAACCCAUGUGGUGUUAGUGCUUGUUGCACAAUAACUAGUUGGGAUAAACACAGGUGGUCUUGUGACAUAUUUUAUGAAAAUACUUGUAUUGAGGUCUAGCGGUCAAUGAAGUAUGAAAAGUAUGUAUGAUCAGGGUUCACAUUCUUCCCACCCCGUCUUCUAAGCCUUGGAAGACCCUUUCAAGUUUCAUCGAACGAACAGAUUGCAAAUUGGCCCAAGGACGCUACCUUUUCCCUUAAAUAUUGUGUGUUUACAAUAACAUAUUCAACGUAAUGUCCUUAAAUAGGGUUUAAGGACCUUGAUAAUCCCACAAGUGGGUUUGGGGAGCGUCCUACCUUCGUAAUCCCACACAAAUGGAGGUAAUGCGUGUGCAGUUCUUGCUCCUACUUUAGGAGGUAAACAGGUUGUUUCUAAUUGACCCUAUUGUCCAUUAAUGGAGAUUUAAGGUCAUUGUACAUCAAUGGAGAUUCAUAGGCAUUGGUAAUCUUUUCAAACUACAGCAUUAUCCUUGUAAGAAAUCACCACCAAACACAUCAUUGAUGAGUCCAUUUCCAUUAUUACUCCUAUUUGGUAGAAACAGACUAAACACAUUUCAUCUCUGUCACAGUUUAUCCACCACUGCUACUACUACUACUGCCAAUAUUCUCGACAUCAAUGACAAGAUAAUAGCAACCCAAAUAUCAAACUGCAACAAUGUACAUCACCUCAACCAAAUUUACGCCCAAAUAAUCCGAACUCACUUCUUGGUAUUUUAUCCCGCGCAAUUUCACUGGAACAACAUUAUUAGAUCAUAUACUAGGCUUAAUUCCCCUAGUAACGCUCUACAUGUGUACGUCAAUAUGUCGAGAAAUGGUGUUCGUCCAGAUACUUUUACAUUGCCCAUUGUUUUAAAGGCGAUGUGUUCGGUUUUGAGUUAUGUUUUGGUAAAACAGCUUCAUGGGGUUGCAGUAAAGCUUUGUUUGGAUAGUAAUAUGUAUUCUGAAAGUGGGUUUAUUAGUUUGUAUGGGAAAGCGGGUGAAUAUGAGAAUGCACGUAAGGUGUUUGAGCAAAAUCGUGAGAGAAAGUUGGGGUCUUGGAAUGCGAUUAUAGCGGGGUUAUCGCAAGGUGGGCGUGCUAAAGAAGCGAUAGAGAUGUUUUUGGAGUUGAGAGGGAGUGGGUUAAUGCCGGAUGAUGUGACUAUGGUUAGCGUGACGUCGGCUUGUGGUAGUCUUGGAGACUUGGAGUUGGGUUCUCAAUUGCAUAAAUGUGUAUUGCAAGCGAAAGAAAUGGGGAAGUCUGAUCUUUUGAUGAUGAAUUCGCUUAUUGAUAUGUAUGGUAAAUGUGGAAAGAUGGAUCUUGCUUAUAGGGUGUUUUCGAGGAUGAAGGAAAGAAAUGUAUCCUCGUGGACUUCUAUGAUUGUUGGGUAUGCGAUGCACGGGUAUGUUGGAGAUGCGCUUGAGUGCUUUCGUUGCAUGAGAGAGGCAGGUGUUAGGCCUAACCAUGUGACGUUUAUCGGGGUGUUGAGCGCUUGUGUACAUGGGGGGAUGGUGCAAGAAGGAAAGUAUUAUUUCAACAUGAUGAAGAAUGAAUAUGGUAUUGCACCCAUGUUGCAGCAUUAUGGGUGCAUGGUGGAUUUGCUUGGCAGGGUUGGGUUGCUCGAGGAGGCAAGGGGGAUGAUUGAAGGGAUGUCAAUGAAAACAAAUGUCGUGAUUUGGGGAUGCCUAAUGGGGGCUUGUGAGAAGCAUGGGCAUGUGAAAAUGGGAGAGUGGGUGGCUAAGCACUUGCAACAGUUGGAACCGUGGAACGAUGGAGUGUAUGUGGUAUUGUCCAACAUUUAUGCCAGUAAUGGCAUGUGGGAAGAGGUAAGGAGGAUGAGAGCAAUUAUGAAGGAGAGAAAACUUGCCAAGAUUCCAGCUUAUAGUUUGUCAGCAAGUUCAUAUUGAGAGCUGAAGGUGGACCUGCCAAAGAUGAAGGGAUCAGAAAUGUUGCUCUCUUAUAGAUGUGAGUGCAUAAGAUGGUUGCCAUAUGCUGCACCUCACAAAAGUGUUUAUAUAGGAGCAAUAUAUCACAUAAUCUAACGUAGUCGUUGACCCUUAACUUUGAUCCACUUAAUUCCUCUGUAGUAAAAAAUAUAUACAUUUAUUUUUAGGUGAGAUGUUG